UGCAAGAUAAUUUCUAGUGGUAGUAUUUAUUUUCAUUAAGAUUAGUAAUCCGGGUGCGCAAAUCCCCAAGAACAGCGUCUCCAUGGUGUUACGCAGACUCCUGAGAAAACGCUGGGUCCUGGGUGUCGUUUUUGGAUUAUCCUUGAUCUACUUUCUUACCAGCACCCUGAAGCAGGAGGAAAGGACAGUACGCGACCGGACCUUGCUGCAGGCCAGGGACCCUGAGCACCGCAUUGCAUGGAGGGUUCGCUUCAAUCUUGGCAACAGCAGCAGGCAGAUAACACAGUGCAGGAACUCUAUACAGGGUAAAACACUUCUCACAGAUGAACUGGGUUAUGUUUGUGAGAGGAAGGAUCUGUUGGUGAACGGCUGCUGCAAUGUGAACGCCCCAAGCUCAAGGCAGUACGUCUGCAAAAGCUGCCUGAUCAAUGGCUGCUGCAGCAUCUAUGAGUAUUGCGUGUCCUGCUGUCUCCAGCCUGACAAGCAACCUCUGCUGGAGCGAUUUCUCAACAGAGCGGCGGAGGGCUUCCAGAACCUAUUCACGGCAGUGGAGGACCACUUCGAGCUGUGUUUGGCUAAGUGUCGUACCUCUUCCCAGAGUGUCCAACAUGAGAACACUUACAGAAAUCCACAAGCAAAGUACUGUUAUGGAGAAAGUCCCCCUGAACUUCUGCCCAUGUGAGUUGAGGUGGCCUGCAGAUGUUCUUCAGUUCGAGUCUACAGAUUGGACGACGAGAGAGAGAAGCGGCCAGAGCAGCCGGAUGAGGAGGAAACCAUGAAUGACCCAGAGUAAUAGGGUGGAACUCCUGAAUUCACCUCCAAGUCCCAUGGGCCUCACUUAUCACACUAUUGCAAUGUGCAGUGGACCCCAAUGUGACAAAAACAACCACAGCCUCGUAUUGGAAAAACACUGAAUUUGCACUUCAUAAGUGCAUAGAAAGCCUCAUUACUUGAUCACUGAUGACUAUCAGUUGUCAUUGAUUCACCAUUAGGGAUUCACAUGAUGUGAUUCAGAAAUGAAGAGGAGGAAGACGUAUUUUACAGACUGGCAUAACCUGCUGUCAAGUGGGGGAAAAAAAAUAUUUACCGGUAACCUGUAGUCUCUGUCAAUGCUCUGUGAACAGCUAUUCAGCUACCAACAAUGUGACUUGUGCUCUGUAUGUAAUGCAUGUGUUGUGUGGAUGAAAACAUGGGUGUGCAUUUAAGCAGAAAAAUGUGAUUCAGUUUCAUGCCCUGACCCCCUCUUGUACCAAAAGGUUUCUGCAUGCGGCUUUGACAAGGCAGUAACCCUUUUGCAGACUGACAUCAUUCAUUUCCUGUAACACUUGAAAUUGCACUUUUUCUUCUAUAAAACGUGUUUUAAAUUGCAUAUGAGGCCUAAAGGCCUGGGUGUUGAUUCUCCAAAUGCCAGGUAAUGUAAUCCUGAGUAACAGAUUCACCAUCUUGUAAGUCCCAGUUUUGAUCAA